AUGUCCGCUCCGAACCGCAUCGUACGAUCGCAAUCCCACGUUGUGAGCCAAUCCUCCCUCGGCCGCCUGCGCUCCAUCUUCACCGGCAAGGCGCCCACCCAGACCGGCACGGCGCUGCGGCCGACAAAAUCCCUGGUUACGCUGCAGGAGGCGAAUCCGCGCAACCUGCCAGACCUCUGGUUCAGCUCGACCAUCCCGCGACCAAAUGGCCCACCCGGACCGGAGGGCAGGAAGCCUCAGGAUGAUCGCAACGUCAAGCUAGGCAAGACUUUGCGCAUACUCCAGGAGCGUCUCCCGACUCUCCUGCAAUCGCCCUUGCCGCAAGAAAUCCUAUCACCGUACAUCUCCCUGCACCUCUUCCCUUCGACGCAUCCGCACCUCCCGACCGUCUCUGGCCGCGUCGCAUAUAUUGCUGCGUUAUGGACCUCGCCAAUAGCGUGGAAUCGAGUCCCAAUUGUGGGCAACUUGAAGCUCGAGAUCCUGUCUGAACGCAUGGUCAAGCAGCCGCUGCACUUUUCGCCUAAGAGGCAGGGCGCCAUCGGCGAGCAAUUGGUGGUGCGGUGGCGGACGAUAGGCAAGACAAAGGGCUGGGGCCUCGCGCCCAAGGACGAGUCCAAGGAGUUUACCGGUCUUUUCAUCUUUGAGUUUGACAACGAGGGAAGAGUGCUGAGCCAUACCAUCGAGCACGUCCAGGAGGGCGGAGAUUGGGAAAAUGGCGUCGGCGCAAAAGUGGUGGGACUGACUGACUGGCUGCUCGGUGGCAUGAAGGGCGGAAGGGAUGGUGAUAAUACGCCUUGUCCGGCAUUUCACGGGCCCGGUCCUAGGAGCAUAAAUUGGGUGUUCCCUGACGCACCUGAGCCGGAUCUCCCACCUGUGAAAGUCGGUUCUUUAAAACAGCGUGGAUUUGCCUUGGAAGCUAUUUCCUCUGCUCUCUCUUUCCCCAGAUCUUGGCCUGUCCACAUUUCCCCAUCCGUCCACCCACUACAAGGUACAACACCGCCACUACUGGAGAGCCUGACAAGCCACACAUCACCGUCCUCUUAUCAGCAAAGGCCGAGAUCGGUCCAGCCCCAUCCCCUGAAGAACGCCUCCGUCCUCCGCUAUAUCUUCGUUCGUCAAACACUCAGCGAAGGGGGGGCCUCUCUUCUCUCCCAGAUGGACCUCCUCCCGCCCCCCAGGCUGGGCAGCGAUGACGAAGACGACAACAACCCGGACUUCUGGCUCGAGUUCCAGACGGCCAGCGACGGCCUGCACGGGCCCGGCUCCACCAACGCGCCGGGCGCCCCGACCGCCUUCCCCAGGUUCCCGGACCUGCCCCCGGAGCUCCGCCUGCGCGUCUGGGAGCUGCUGCUGCAGCCCCGCGUCGUCAUCGCCGCGUGCCUCAGCACCGCCACCGAGGCCGCCAAGCGCGAGCAGCUCGCCAGCCGGAGGCGCGCCGCCCCUUCGCCCACGCCGGCCCUGCUGCACGCCUGCGCCGAGAGCCGCGCCCUCGGCCUGCGGCACUACGAGCUGGCCUUUGCGUGGCAGACGCCGCGCAUGCUCGCCUCGUCGGGCCGCCGCAGCGCGGCCGCGCCGCGGACCCAGCAGCAGGCGCGCGUGUGGUUCAACUACGCGCUCGACGCCCUGAUGCUGCUCGGCGACCUCGAGCCGUUCGACAGCUACGGCUUCAACACGCCCAUGGUCUACUUCCUGCGGCGCGAGGACACGCGGCGCGUGCGGCACGUCGCCUGCGCCUUCGAGGAGCUCGGCUACGGCGAGCUCGAGGCCGACCAGAUCUUCGCCUGCCUGUUCCACGUCGUCGACCGGUUCCCCGGCGCGGGGCGGCUGCUCAUCACCAGCACCGACGCCGACCUGGCCCGCUUCCGCGCCGUGCUGUCGGCCGAGGCCGACAACAACAUCAUGCAGAAGAUCUGGCGCGGCUGGGUCAGCGGCACGUCGGUCGUCACGUCGUCGCUGGCCGACAAGCAGAUCCUCAUGGUCCGGGAGGACGAGCUGGAGCGCUUCAUCCGCGAGGACUGUUGA